AUGGUUAGAACCUCUAUCAAAAGCAUAGGCUCGGGGAUAGAUAGGUUAAGCGCUUUACCAGAGCAUUUGUUGUGUCGUAUACUCUCUGAACUCUCCACCAAGGAUUCGGUUCGCACGAGUGUUUUGUCUAAGCAUUGGAGAAAUCUUUGGUUACAUGUUCCUGUUUUGGAAUUGGAAACCAGUGAUUUUCCAGAUAAUCUGGUCUUUAGGGAGUUCAUUGAUAGAUUUGUCGGAUUUGACAAAGAGAUAGACUUAAAGAGUUUCGAUAUAUUUUAUGAUGUUAAUGUCCUCUGGUAUGAUGAUUUUCUGUGGAUGAUCGAUGAUGUGGUUAAGCGUAGAGUUUGUGAUCUAAUGGUUACCAAUAACCCGUAUGUUGUUAAUGAAAAGUUAGUUAAAAUGCCUAUAUCCCUUUAUUCAUGUGCAACAUUGGUGAAUUUAAACCUCUCUUUUGUUGCCAUGAAUAAUCUACCGUCAGAAUCGGUUUGUUUACCUCGUGUCAAGACCUUAUAUUUACAUGGGGUUAAACUUGAUGGCGAUUCCAUUCUGGGGACUCUCGUAUCAAGUUGUUCGGUUCUCGAAGAUUUAACCGUGGUUACGCAUCCUGGUGACUAUGAGAAGGUCGUAUGUUUUCGCUCUCAAUCAGUAAAAAGCUUCACAAUAGAGUCUCAGUGUGAGUAUAAAGACCCCAAUGUUGAGAUUGAUUGUCCUAGGCUUGAGUAUAUGUGUAUUAGGGAAUACCAAUCUGAAAGCUUUGUAGUACACAGUAUUGGUCCCUAUGCAAAGGUAGACGUCGAUAUUUUCUUUGAAGUUGAGUAUGAAGAUCCACUGGCGAUAUCUAUGAUCAGAAAUUUUCUCACCGGGAUAUCCAAAGUCCGUGAAAUGACCAUCUCAAGUCGAACGUUAGAGGUCAUCCGUGGCUAUCACUCCAUGGUGAAAGCAUUACCUCAAUUUUCCAACUUGUCUAGCUUGGAUGCUUUGUUAGUCGAAUCAUAUUGGGAACUCUUACCAGUCUUUCUUGGUUGUUGCAUCAAUCUAAAUUCACUCGUCGUGGAACUUGAUGGCCUUUCCGAGAUAGAGGAGUUUAAAGUUUCACCACUGCUUCAAGAUUCCCUAUCUGCUCGUGGGUUUGUUCAGCAGAAGACACCAGUUUCAGUCACAAAGACAUCAAGUGAAAGGAAAAUAGCAGCAUAUUUUGUGAAGAAAAGUGGCUAA